AUGGCGGCUGGGCUUUCAUUACCCGCUGCCAAUCGGCCCGACUCUAACGACAGUCACCAAGGCAGCCAGGACAACGACAACCACGCGUCCUCGGCUUCGACUCUUCAUACGAUACCGAUCAAAACGCAACGCAACAAGUACAACUGGCACAGACUCCUACAAGAUACGUGGCUCUGGGAAUUCACCUCGGCCCUAUUCAGUACCUGCUGCUUUAUCUCAAUAUGCGCCGUCCUAUUCGCGUAUGAUGGUCGAGUGCGACCGACCUGGAAGCUCGGUCUGUCACUUAAUCCGAUAAUCUCCACCCUAGCGACAGGAUGCAGGUCGUCUCUCACUCUGGUCGUGAGUGAAGCCAUCAGCCAGUUGAAGUGGCUCUGGGUCAGAGACGGAGAACCAAAGCAACUGCUUGGAAUGCAAGUCUUCGACAAUGCUAGCCGUGGUCCGCUGGGUGCCUUGACCAUGUUGUUCUAUCACAGUGAGAGGCCUCUCGUAUCUCUAGGGGCAGCCCUUACCAUCCUCAUGCUGGCAUUCGAACCCUUCGUCCAGCAAAUCCUGAGUUAUCCACUGCAGUAUAUAGAGGAUGCAAGCAUGCCUGCAGUGACAUACCAAUCCAGAGCGGGCCCGCUGUACUUUGCGCACUUUCUCUGUUGACAGAGUGCUCUUUACACGGCUCUUUGGAGUAGUAACCGUGAAACACAGCCAUUUUGUCCAUCGGGCUACUGUAGUUGGGAG